GAAGAUGAAUGCCAUUAACUUUCAAUUACCGAAAUGCCCCUCUUUCGCUCUUCCUCCCGUCGCCGGCUGCAGGCGUCCUAAAUUCGUCGUGGCUUCAGCUCUUCCUUCUCCUUCGAAGGCUCAAGUGAAGAAACCUUCUCACAUUCAAGUCACACACUCGAUGCCCCCUGAAAAGGUCGAGAUCUUCAAAUCUAUGGAAGGCUGGGCUGAGGACAAUUUACUGAUUCACCUCAAACCGGUCGAAAAGUGUUGGCAGCCGCAGGAUUUCUUGCCUGAUCCGGCUUCCGAUGGAUUUCAUGACCAAGUUGAAGAACUGAGAAAGAGAGCUAAGGAGAUUCCCGACGAUUAUUUAGUUGUUCUAGUUGGAGAUAUGAUCACUGAGGAUGCCCUCCCGACGUACCAGACAUUUCUCAACACCUUCGAUAGCGUAAGGGAUGAGACGGGAGCAAGCUCGACUCCUUGGGCCGUGUGGACGAGGGCGUGGACGGCCGAGGAGAAUAGACACGGAGACCUUCUGAAUAAGUAUCUUUACCUCUCCGGGAGAGUAGAUAUGAAGCAAGUCGAGAAGACGGUCCAGUAUCUCAUCGGGUCGGGAAUGUACGUAAAGACAGAAAACAACCCGUACCUCGGAUUCAUCUACACGUCCUUCCAAGAAAGGGCUACGUUCGUCUCCCACAGAAACACGGCCCGACAAGCCAAGGCGCACGGUGACAUCAACUUAGCUCAGAUAUGCGGCACUAUCGCCUCGGAUGAGAAACGCCACGAAACCGCCUACACCAAGAUAGUCGAGAAGCUCUUCGAGAUCGACCCUGACACGACCAUGCUAGCUUUCGCCGACAUAAUGAAGAAGAAAAUCUUGAUGCCCGCGCACUUGAUGCACGACGGCCGAGAUGAUAGCCUCUUCCACCACUUCUCGGCUGUCGGCCAACGCCUUGGUGUCUACACGGUGGGAGACUAUGCCGACGUCCUAGAGCACUUGGUUGCCACGUGGAAAGUUGAAAAUAUAACGGGGUUAUCUGUGGACGGGGAAAAAGCUCAAGACUAUGUGUGUAAAUUGUCUCCGAGCAUAAGACGACUAGGGGAGAAAGCGCGAGAGAUGGCCAAGAAUGCGCCCAAGAUCCCGUUCAGCUGGAUUUACGACCGAGAAGUUCAACUCUGAGAAGCAAAUGU